AUGGACAAGAUAGACUUUCUGAGAGCGAUAGCCGCCGAAAACAGUACACAAGGCCUGAAUCUGAAGCAGUCCACUUGGAAAAAGCCUCACAGACGGCACAAGGCGACCCGCCAGCUGAUCACCGAUGAGUGGAAGAGAAUCACCAACGACGCGGAAAAGCACAAGGACAAGAACCUGCUCACAUACUUCAACGUCGAGGCGCCACCAAGCGUGUAUCCCACCAAAAAAUACUGCGACAUCACGGGGCUCAAGGCCAACUACAAAUCGCCCGGAAACGGCCUGAGGUUCUGCAAUAGCGAGGUCUACUCUCUGGUGAUCAAACCCAUGGCGCCGGGCGUCGACCAGGAAUACCUCAAACUCAGGGGAGACAAUGUAGUGCUCAAGUGA